AUGCUGGAUGCGACACGGGCCGGCUUCUGGUCCGCCGCAGCCAAGGUCGGACAGCCGUCGCGGAAUCUCAGCACCCCAUCGCCGCCCCCAGACCCUGGUUCUCCCCUCCGCUUGCCUCCUCCCUCGCUCUCCGCAGCGACCUUGGUGGGUGACUUGGCUCGGCCCGAAGGUACCAUGCACACAGGGGGCACGCCGAAUUCCUCGUCCCUUCCGUGGCGGUUCCCAUUCCUCGUCCUGCACCCGCACGUGCUGACCUUGAAUUGCGCUGCGUUCGUCCAGCUUCGACGGAUGGGUCCCGUGCAGCGCAAUAGCAGUGUCUCGGCAAGCUCGCCACUGGCUCCUGCCCUCCUCCCCGUGGUGCGUCCAGAUCCUCCCAACAACCCUCUUCGGUCUCAACUCCCCUCCUCUGUCUCAACUCCCCUCCUCGGUCUCAACUUCCCUUUCAAAAUGCUUACCAAGUACGCCGUCCUUGCUGCCGCCGCCGCCGCCGCGGUCACCGCCGCCCCCGUUGUCGAGAAGCGUGCCGCUCCCGGCCAGGCCGACAUUGACACUGUCAUCCUGAACUACGCCCUCACCCUCGAGCACCUCGAGAACGCCUUCUACCGCGACACCCUCGCCACCUACGACGCUGGUGCCUUCCGCGCCGCCGGCUACCCCGACUGGGUGCGCCAGCGCUUCGUCGAGAUCGGCGGCCACGAGAAGGCCCACGUCGACUUCCUCUCCAAGGCCCUCGGUGAUCAGGCCACCAAGGAGUGCACCUACAACUUCGGCAUCACCGACGUCAAGACCUUUGUCGCCACCUCUGCUCUCCUUGAGGGCAUCGGCAACUCGGCCUACCUCGGCGCCGCCCAGAACAUCACUAACGUUGCCUAUCUCACGGCUGCCGGUUCCAUCCUCACCGUGGAGGCCCGUCACGCGAGCUGGGUUGCCUCGUCCGUCCAGCAGGGCGAUGGCUUCGCCGCCGGCUUCGACACGCCGCUCAACUUCAACCAGACCUACUCGCUGGCUGCUCCCCUGAUCACCAGCUGCCCCGACAGCAACCCCGCCCUCCCCGUCAAGGCCUUCCCCGCCGCGACGAUCUCGGGCGACGUGUGCGGUGGCAAGCAGGUGACCAUCUCGGGUGACGGUGUUCAGUCGGGCCAGUUCGCUGCCUUCCUCACCGGCCUCAACGUCUACUACGCCCCCAUCGGCGACAACGGCAGCGUGACCGUCCCCUCGGAGGUCGCCUACGGCCGUGUCUACGUUGUCGUUACCAAGUCGGGCGACUCGGUCUCGGACGACAACACCGUUGCCGGCCCCGCCGUUGUCGACAUCCCUCUGUCGGCUGAGAAGGCCGAGCAGAUCUACUCGCAGCAGUAG